AUCUAAAGAUAGUGCACCACAAAGACUUUACCAGUCGUCUUGGUCAAUGAACCGAAAUUUGCAACACGGUGAAGGAGUUAGUUUUACAUGGAAGUUGCCUGUGGAUUUGAGUUUCAAAUAUCUAAUUAGAUUGCAUUUUUGUGAGCUUGAUUAUGACGUGAAAGAGGAUGGGCAGAAAGAGUUCAGUAUUCUCAUAAACAAUCACAUGGUUGAGCCUAGAGGAGACUUGAUCAAGUGGGGCAGAGAGAUUGGAGUUGCUAUCCAUAAAGAUUACUUGACGACAUUAAAAGGAGACAGAAUAAAGGGCAAGAGAGAUCUACUUGUAGCUUUGUACCCAAGCUAUGACGAACAAUCGACUGAAUUCAUUGACUCAAUUCUUAAGGGGAUUGAGGUUUUCAAACUUAGCGACCCAAAUGACAAUCUUGCAGGAGGGAAUCUAGUGCUCUCCCAUCCUCAUGCUUCAACAAAGCAUAGAGGGAAUCCAGUGCUCUCACAUCCUCGUGUUUCAAAGAAGCGUAUACUUAGAAUGCCGACAACAAGUAUAAAUGACAUUAUAAUUUUGGUCAUACAUAUAGUUGUUAUUAUUGUUCAUCAACUUCGCGAAUGGAAAGAGAGGAGUUGGAGUAAAAACCCAUCUCUAAUAGACGAAGAUUUGUGUCGUAGAUUUUCAUUUGCUGAGAUCUUAUUGGCAACCAAGAACUUUGAUAAAAGAUUAGAGAUUGGACGUGGGGGUUUUGGUAUGGUCUACAAAGGGAUUAUUAAUGUUAUUAAUGAUAAGGUUGAAAUGACAGUUGCAAUUAAGAGCUUAGAUUCUAAAUCUAAGCAGGGAGAGAAAGAAUUCAUAUCAGAAAUUGAGACACUUUCCAAACUCAGACACAAACACCUUGUUUCUUUGAUAGGAUACUGCAAUGAUGGCCGUGAGAUGAUACUUGUUUAUGAAUUCAUGGAACGUGGCACUCUGGCGGACCAUCUCUACAAGAAUAAACGUAAUAGGAGUGGAGACGUGACUCCUCUAACUUGGAAGGAAAGGCUCAAUAUCUGUUUGGGUGCUGCUCGCGGGUUAGAAUACUUGCACAACAAUACUGUGCAAGAAGUCAUACAUCGAGACGUCAAGGGUGAAAACAUUUUGGUGGAUAUGAACUGGGUGGCCAAAAUUGCUGAUUUUGGUAUAUGCAAAGUUGGAGGAGCUACAAGUCGUACCCAUAUCACUACUGAUGUAAAAGGAACCUGCGGUUACCUAGAUCCAGCGUACUCCUCGACCCGAAUGCUAACUAGGAAAUCCGAUGUGUAUGCGUUUGGUGUUGUGCUGUGGGAAACGUUAUGUGGGAGGCCAGUCAUUGAUGAAAGAAUCGACAAACAGCGUAGCCUAGUUUUUUGGGCUCAGUAUUGCUGCGAGAAUGGAAUGGUUGAUAGAAUAAUUGAUUCUAGUUUGAAAGGACAAAUCCCAACUAAUUCUCUUGAGUCGUAUAUUAAACUUGCAAACAAAUGUUUGCAUAAAGAGACUAAUAUACGUCCUACAAUGGCUAUAGUCACGGCGCAUCUUGAAUCUUUAUUGGUUGAUGGACUCAAUUUCUUAAAGUGA